AUGGAGGACAGCCUGAUGCUUGGGGUGGAGGGGGUGAAGAAGACCAUCCUGUACGGGGGCACAUCUGACCCCCCCCGAUUCAUCACCGGAACCAAGGUGACCUUCCACUUCCGGACACAGCUGUGCAACGACGACCGCACCGUCAUUGACGACAGCAAGAAGGUGGGCGUGCCCAUGGAGGUGGUGAUCGGCAACAUGUUCAAGCUGGACAUCUGGGAGACGCUGCUGAUGUCCAUGCGCAUCGGCGAGGUGGCGGAGUUCUGGUGUGAUGUCAUACACACCGGCCUCUACCCCAUGGUGGCUAAGAGUCUGCGUCGCAUUGCCGAGGGGAAGGACCCCGUGGACUGGCACAUCCACACCUGCGGCAUGGCCAACAUGUUCGCCCACCACACCCUGGGCUACGAUGACCUGGACGAGCUACAGAAGGAGCCACAGCCCCUUUACUUCGUCCUGGAGCUGCUGAAGGUGGAGCAGCCGAGUGAGUAUGACCGUGAGCCGUGGGCGCUCAGUGAUGAGGAGAGGCUAAAGGCCGUGCCUCUGCUGCAUGGUCAGGGAAACAAGCUGUUCAAAAUGGGGCGCUACCAGGACGCCGUCAACAAGUACAAGGAGGCCAUCAUCUGUGUAAAGAACGUCCAAACCAAGGAGAAGGCAUGGGAUGCCCCCUGGCUGAAGCUGGAGAAGAUGGCACACACCCUUACCCUCAACUACUGCCAGUGUCUGCUGCGCAUGGACGAGUACUAUGAGGUCAUUGAGCACACCACUGACAUCAUCAACCAGCACCCAGGUGUUAUGAAAGCGUACUUCCUGCGAGCCAAAGCUCACGUGGAGGUGUGGGAUGAGGCUGAGGCCCGGCAGGACUUCCAGAAGGUUCUGGACCUGGACCCGGGGAUGAGGAAGGUAGUGAAGAAGGAGCUGCAGGUGCUGAACAUGCGCAUGGAGGAGAAGAGGGAGGAGGACAGACAGAAGUAUAAGGGCAUGUUCUGA